AUGCAUUCUUAUUUGCUAAACUUGUGGUUCUUUAGCUCCCACACUCCAAGCUCUCAUGCCAAGCUCACACAAUCUUUGUUCAACAUUAGCAAGUCAUCUUCAACCAUUCCAAAAGCGCGACUAAGCAUUCGUCAAGUUGCUGGAAAUCUACUCAAGCCACUUAUCCUUCUCCUGAUGAUAGUUAAGAUACGCUCAGUGAUAGUAAGAAUACGCUCAGUGAAGGGGCCAAGGCUUGGCUUUGUCCAAGGGGCUGAUGGCUGCAAUGGUGCUCAUACUCAAGACGUCAGACCUUCUCAAAGAGGAGUUGCAUGGCAGGGUUGGCAUGGGGAGAGAGCAUCGGGUGACGAUGACUUGUUUCGUUGGUUGGGUGAGGGUGGAAGGUUUCCCAUUCCUCGAAAGCUUCAGAAUGAUAAGGCUCCCAGUCCUUAG